UGCAUGGUUUCUUGUUUCUACUAAUAUAAAUGACUUUUUAGUCAUUUAAAAAAACACUUUUGAGAGUUUUUCUGCAAGAAUAAUCUCUAAAUGAUCUUUAUAUAAUUACUUAUCGGGUAAGAGGGCGGCGUUUAGCACUUUUAUGGCAAUGUAUGCUUCAYACUUGUUCAUAUCACGGCGUCUCGGUCUUGAAGCUGGAAAAAUAUUUCCCAAGAUGGCACGGAUAAGACCGAUAAGACGAAAUAUCUCAGCUCAAGUAGAGGAAAGUGUUACCAAGAAAGAAAGCCCGAAAUCCUGGAGAGAGAACCCUAACUUGAAAUAUUGGGUUGUUGGYGUUUGUGCAAUAAGUGGGAUUAUAUAUCGGUAUGUUUAUAAAGAAAAGGAUAAGAGAAAGGUGAUUGUCAAGAACUUCCCUGCAUUACCAAGUCACAAGCUUCAAAGUCGUGAUUCAGACUUAAAUGAAUUGUACAAACUGUGCAAGAAUGGUAGCUAUGUCAAAACUGUACAUGUUGAAGGACACAGUGGCAGUGGGAAAACACUCCUUGCUACUGCACUAGCAAAGAAGUUAGCCAAAGAAGAAGAAGAAAGAUACCAUWUUCUUCCCAAAAACCUGUUUGUUGGCACAAUCAAUGGUGCAAACCUUGAUGCUUUGUUGUUUGACAUUAAAAAGUUUGCUGUAGCGAUAGGAUGCCAAUCCAAAGACUGGCUUCUUAGAAUUGAUGAAGGAACAAAGUUUGGCAACCUAAGCGACAGUGAGCAACUUCAUAUUAUAACACAAGCUGUUAAGGAAAAACUUAUUGAAAACCCAAACUGGAUUCUUAUCUUUGAUGACUUGAGGGAUUAUGAGUUUCUUCAGAAGGUCUUUGGAGAUGACUUGGACUCUUGGGGCAAWGGAACUGUUAUUAUCACAAGUACACUAAAGCUCAGAACAGACCUUAACAAUAGCUACUGCUUAGAUAAAGGCAUGGAUAAGCAGGAGGCAGUUGAUCUCCUAAAGCAACUUACAGAGCUACCUGAAGACAAACUGGAAGUCGAAUCAGACCAGAUCCUGGACAAAUUAGCCUAUUCGCCCCUUGCUAUUGCAUGUGCUGGAACAUUCAUAAAGUCAAGAUUGGAAAAAAAUMAUGAUUACUCUUUAAAGGACUUUACUGAUGAAUUCAGUGSUSGAUUAGMGCAGCUCCUUAAAAGCAACCCCACCAASAACAUGUCAGAAGCCAUAAAGUCCUYGUAUGUCAUUUCUUCACUGCUGGUCAAAGAAACCCUUAACGUUUCACCUCAUUUUCUUCACUCCUUUGAUUUGAUUGGGAGCUGCUCUCCAGUCUGGCCUAUUCCUGUCAGCUUGAUUUCAUUGCAUCUGAGAUCAGCAGAGUAUCAUCUCCCACCCGUACCAAGGAGCUCUUCAGUGUUACCGGAYCAUCCUGAUCAAGGUGAAAUCAAGCCAGUCAAUCCAGAAGAAGAAGUUGAAGAAACAYUCUUUUCUAUCAAGAGGCUUGCAAACAAUCUGGAAUCAUUUACUAAAGCAGUGAAGGCUAACUAUGAUGCAAUAAAAGAAAUGUUCAAUCCAACACCCUUAGAUUUCUCACCACCCUCUGAUGGAGUCCUGGAACUAAUGCAGACUUGCCCUUUUGUUUCAUCUGAAAAAGUUAACCCAGGAGGAGUACAGACAAUCAAAGUCAACUCUAUCGUCCAUGAAGUGAUGUCACAGCUCUUUACUUCCACCACAUGCCAGAUCCUCGAAGACCAGCAUCUCAUUCAAGCAGAGGAMAAGCAUAACAACAGUUCAUGGUUUAGAAGGCUAUGGGCUUUUGAUCCUCAAAKAUCUCUUCAGGAGUUCCGCAACAGUCUUGUAGAAAGAGAUAGAAAUGUMAACCCAUCGCAAGGCUCACCAAAUCAAGAUGAUCCUAAAGUAAACAGUGGGAUUGAUGUAAGCUGCUUGUUGAGAGAUGACAGGGAUUAUACUGCUGUUUCAAGCUAUCGACGUAUUCAGUCACAGGUUGCCAGCGAGCACUAUCAACGCCAUAUUGGUUUGGUACUUAAGACUAUGAAUGGUGUUUCAUCUGUGUGCAGUCAGGACGUGCAGACAAGGACUUUAGCAAGGCUCAUCAUGCCACAUCUACACCACACUUUAACUGCUAACACGUCCAAGAACUUGGAACCUAAGAGUCGCGCCCAUGCGCUUUUGGCUGUAUCAUCUAUAAACUCUGCACUUGGAAACCUCGAGGCUAGUAUCCCAUCCCUUGAGCAAGCACUUGCUAUAGAAGAAGARCAGUUUGGAGUAAUGAGUCUUGAGGUGGCUUCCACUUUAACACGCCUUGCAGAGGUAUACAGCUCGCUUGACGACGCUMCCAAAGCACGAGUGUUAUUAGAAAGAGCUUAUGGCAUCUAUGAACAACAGAGAAAGAAAGCAGGCGAGUAUAAAAAGCCCUUAGAGUUUGCUCGAACCAUGGAAGCUUUAGGUGCUGUCUACGGUGCGCUUGGAUUUAAACAACAAAGCAAAGAUUACAUUGAAAGGGCCUUGUCAUACWUGCAAUCCGCUGCACCAACAACUCCAGACGAGAUUGAAGGACGACGAUUCACUUGUGAAGUGGCCAGCACACUCGCUGAUCUUGGACAUGCGUAUCUGUCUAUCGGUGACGCAUUCUCAGGCCGCAAGAUGCUUGAGUUGGCUGUUACGGGKCUGAAGAACAUGUACGGAGAAGAACACCCUGAAGUGGUUCGAGCUUUGACYAUAUUAGGAACUGCKUAYACCAUGCAAGGAAAUUGGCAAGAAGGGAAGAAGAUGAGAAAAGAAGCAGGAAAACUGCAGGCAAAACUGGACACAGUUGUUGCUUUGUAAAGGUUGUAUGGAUUUUUUUGUGAUACAAAACUACAUGUACUGUUAGCAGAGCUUAGACAUUUGAAGAGUURCCUCUACUGAUUUGAUUUUCAGUUAGCGCUUUUUGAUAAUCGUUCCUCAGUUUGUGAAGUUAUGUUAUAGACUUGCCGUCAAAACAGAAAUCUGUGAAACACUAUCUAUAGCGUCUACGGUAUACAUUACAGACUCAAAAGAAAAGAGAGUAUUUACGCCUAGAAACUGUUUUGCAGUUUUUGUGUUCUUUUUAUGCAAUAUUCAAUCUAUUGUUCGACUCUUUCGUUCUUGAAGUAUGUAUUUCUAUGUUUCUAUCUUCUGCUUAUUCAUUCUCGGUUUUUCCAUUUCCAAGGUAACGCUAAAAGGCGUUUUCUAUAUACUCGUUUGUCAUGAAUCCGAUUGUUGAKGUCGUUUGUACUUUUUUGAUUAAAUUUUUGAUYGCAGAACCAUUUGAAAUCACAACUCAUAAUCUUUCUGUUUGCUUAAAGAAAUUUCACUUACAGUGAAAACAAAGAAAAUUUUAAAUGUUUGWACGAAAGCUUUUGUCGGCCUCUUAAGCUGGAAUAAAUGGCUUUUUAAAAUAGUGCUAAUGAAUCAUUUCUGUCUUCUGGAAAUUACRUGGAAUAAACCUUAUUACGUGGUGAAURCUGCGGRAAACUCGAACAUUUAUUCGAUCAUGCCAGGUGCAGAUAAAGUCUAUCCAUGGACAUCCUCCGCAUAAAUGUAUACGAAAAUCAAACCCGUUUAAAAGCUUGAGAAAAUGUCUAUCUUGUUUUYUGYUUUCUGCUUGAUGUAUUUAAAUUAACUGAUCAGUAAAAAAAUCCAACUGACAAGCUCAUUUUUAGCGUCUGCGGGGGCUAUACACACAAACCUCUAGAAAUUUGUCAGUUUUCAACGCUGGUUUASAUAGCCGACAUAAUAUCUGACACAGUGGAAUAUUUCAGAAAAGAGGAGUCCUUUCUAGUGCUUGCACUGUUAUCAGUGCCUUGGGUUUUAGUCUCAGCUACUUAAAGUUUGUAUCCGGCGCCAUUUUGCGAAAAGGUAUCUGAGUAAAUAACUAUGAUUUCCUUAAUUAUUGAACAUACUACACUCGUAUAGUCCUGUGGAAAGUAUGCUUGUUAACAAUACUAGACAUUUUGAAGGCGAUAAUUAGAAAAGAAAAUGCAAAAUGGCACUAUUAGGUGAAAUAACCAAGUUUAUUUGUCAUUAACUUGCUUGCUAGUUUACACCGGGAAAAUGCUGUUUUGAAAACAAYAAGAAUAAUCAGUAUCGUGCGUUGGAAAUAGCAUUUGAUCGUUCUAUCGAUCGUUAUAGGCUUAGACUAUUGGAGAACACUCGACACGGCUACGUUGUGUCGUCGAGUUUUGCAUAUUCUGUAUAUCACUCACAGCUUAGACUGAUAUAUGAACAAAACUAUGUCGAUUGGCAACAAAAGAUAUAUAACAACCUUUCAGUUCCGUUGUAGUAAAAGCCUAAACGGGCGCGGUUGCGAUAAUUCGAGAUUUUAUAGACAUUUCUGAUACUAUAUACWUKUGCAARCUUAGUCUGAUUACAGUUCAGUGAUGUAGAUAAGGCUCAGGGAUUUCUCUCACUGCCCUUGCAAAGAGGUCUCAAGUGAUUGAAUUUUGAAAACAUGAGCAAAGUGAACUAGCUUCCGAGAGGAAUUUACAAAGUUUGGCGCCUUUUAGUGAUCGCCAGAGGCAUAUUUUGGAUCAUUUACCCGGACGAGCGGACGAUCAAACAAAGUCAUUACAUUCUAUUUUAAUUUCCGUAAUUUCACUCUUUUACCAUAUUUUUAAUUACCCAAAAACGUUUGAUUUCAUUGUUCAAAUUCUUUCCUUUCACAAGAGCCGUGAUUACUUAAUCGAGCUUUAAAAUGGUUUAGAUAUAUCUAUAUUUACACAUUUACUUCAUCGUUUUCCAUUUUCCAUUCAGUACUUAUCCAUUCAGCUCACGCUAUACACAGGUAAGCWUAAGAUUGCUAUAGUUAGUUUAAAAAAGUCAAUGGCCGAAAUUAYAGCAGUAAUGAUAUUGUGGAAUACGAAAUAUUUGAGAAAACAAGUUAUGAAAUACGAAAUAUUUACUAAGAAAGAGAAUAUGGAAUUGUGAAUAGUUGUUUUGUUAGAAGUAAAAUAGAGAAUGCUUGUGAAAAUAUUAUUUGGGAAUAGAGAUACUUUCUCAUUGACAACACCAGGCUGGAAUAAUGAAAUAGUCAUAAUAAAAUUCAGAUUGAGCAGUUUCA